UAGAAGACCAAAAUCCAUCGCUCCAUCCUGUCCCCUUCCUGACAGAGUCCAGAGUGUCGUCCACUCACUCUCGAGAGAUGAGUUCGGAGUUUCAGGGACCCGAAUGCCUUCCGCCCGCCCGCGUCAACUCCCUUCCCACCUCCCCGUGCCUUUCCGCAACACAGGCCCGGCCCGGUACCUCGCCGCCAGCACCUUCCACAGACCGCUACUCACCGCUUCUUGGGGAUGAGUCCCGACUCCGGCGCGACGGGAGCGGCCGUGGGCGCCACCGUGGCCACCGACGCGGAUCUCCGCGCCUUGCACUCAUUGGUACUCAGAGACUCCUGGGGCCGGCCCAGUAGAUGGCCCGAGAGAACGCGCAGCCUCCGCCCAGCGCGGGCCCGGUCCGGGUCCCGGGCCGCCGCAGAGCCGGAGCUCGCACCUGUCUCUCCCGCUGCAGCCGCCGCCUCCGCCAUGGCUUCCGUCUUGUGCCGCCGCCCGGACCGCUGGGCGCGGGUGAAAGGUCACUCAGAGCGGCGCCCGGCGCGACCAUUCGCUGCGGCGCAUCCCGGCAGCCACCGCGGCAACUGGGCGGUGGGUGCCAUGCGCCGGAAUCUUCACUUUCUCUGCGCCCGCCCACCGCGUCCGCCCGCCCGCCCGCCGCGGCCCCUCCUCCGCAGCGCGCACCUGCCCCGCAGCUCAGGUUAGAAGAUGCCUGUGUAGAGAGCAGUCAGUCACAAGAUGGACCUUCUGAAAAGAGGAGGGAGGCUUGGUGAGAGGUGAACAUCAAGAAGCUUCCAACAGGCAAGCAGUGCACCAGCUGGGAAAACAUCAUACCAGAUGCAACAAUAACCAUGAAGAAAUCUAGGAUGCAUUGCAACCAGGGAUUUUUGUAAAUGGGAAGGGAGAUAUUUGAAUAAACAAAGUACAUUUUAUGCUAGUUCUGAGUGGCACUUAUACACUAGGGGUCAGGAAAAUUGGCCUUCUGUGGCUAUCCAGUGACCUACCAUUCUGUACCUAAGCUCCAAGCACAUUGGUAGUCAUGGGGACCACCAUCUCAGGUUCUUAACGCAACUUCUGAAGACCACACCUUCAUUGAGGGGUUUUGUUUAUUACAACCAGUCCCUGGAUCUCAAAAUAUCAGAAUCACAAAAUAUCAAAAUCACUUACCUUAAAACCCAAAUUUCAAAAUAGAAAUUCAUAACAUCCCCAUAAAAAUGUGUAAAAAUUCAGUUUUACCUUAGAAGAAAUGAUGAAAUAUAUACUGAUAAGCAAUUGUGUGACUUGCCUAAAAUAUAAACAUAUUUGAGCUAAAUCACCUUUUUCUUAAAACCAGUGAGAAAAACAGGUAAGGCCAUACCCCUGCUUCCCAACUUUGAAAUAAGAUUAAUAAAAUUACCUAGUCUUUUGGAAGAAUAUGAUAUUUUAGAUUUUUAUCCAAUUAAUCCUGUGCAGGAGGUAAGCAGGAAUAAAGCAAGUGGAUUAGAG